UUUGGUGGCCCAAGCCCAGUCCAAGGCCAGCAUGUCACUGCAGAGGAUCGUGCGUGUGUCCCUGGAGCAUGCCACCAGCGCCGUGUGUGUGGCUGGUGUGGAGACCCUCGUGGACAUUUAUGGGUCGGUACCUGAGGGCACAGAGAUGUUCGAGGUCUAUGGGACCCCCAGCGUGGACAUCUACAUCUCUCCUAGUGUGGAGAGGGGCCGGGAGCGCGCGGACACCAGGCGGUGGCACUUUGAUACGGGGUUGGAGAUCAUCGUGGUCAUGAACUCUCCCAGCAACGACCUCAAUGACAGUCAUGUUCAGAUUUCCUACCACUCUAGCCGUGAGCCCCUGCCCCUGGCCUAUGCGGUGCUCUACCUCACCUGUGUUGACAUUGCUCUGGAUUGUGACCUGAACUGUGAGGGCAGGCAGAAUAGGAGCUUUGUGGACAAGCGGGAUUGGGUCUGGGGGCCUGGAGGGUAUGGAGCCAUCCUGCUGGUGAACUGCGACAGAGAUGAUCUGAACUGCAAUGACCAGGACAACCGUGACCGGCACGUGCACUGCCUGCAAGACCUGGAAGACAUGUCCGUCAUGGUCCUGAGGACCCAAGGCCCCGCCGCCCUCUUUGAUGACCACAAACUUAUCCUCCACACUUCCAGCUAUGACGCCAAGUGGGCACGGGUCUUCCACGCCUGUGGUCCUGAAGACUCGUGCAAGUCCUACAGGCACGUGCUGGGCCAGGACAAGGUGUCCUACGAGGUGCCCCGCUUCCACGGGGACGAGGAACGCUUCUUUGUGGAGGGUCUCUCGUUCCCUGAUGCCAGCUUCACGGGGCUCGUCUCCUUUCAUGUCACCCUGCUGGACGACUCCAACGAGGAUUUCUCCGAGUCCCCAGUCUUCACCGACACCGUGGUGUUUCGCGUGGCGCCCUGGAUUAUGACGCCCAGCACCCUGCCGCCCCUGGAGGUAUACGUGUGCCGCGUGAGGAACAACACAUGCUUUGUGGACGCCGUGGCGGAGCUGGCCACGAAGGCUGGCUGCAAGCUGACCAUCUGCCCGCAGAAUGAGAACCGCAAUGACCGCUGGAUCCAGGACGAGAUGGAGCUGGGCUAUGUUCAGGCGCCACACAAGACCUUCCCGGUGGUGUUUGACUCCCCCAGGAAUGGAGAACUGCAGGACUUCCCUUACAAAAGAAUCCUGGGUCCAGAUUUCGGCUAUGUGACUCGGGAACCACAAGACAGCUCUGUGAGUGGCCUGGACUCCUUCGGUAACCUGGAGGUCAGCCCCCCAGUGGUGGCCAAUGGGAAAGAGUACCCCUUGGGGAGGAUCCUCAUCGGGGGCAACCUGCCUGGGUCCAGCGGCCGCCGGGUCACCCAGGUGGUGCGGGACUUCCUCUAUGCACAGAGGGUGCAGUCCCCCGUGGAGCUCUUUGUGGACUGGCUAGCCGUGGGCCACGUGGAUGAGUUUCUGAGCUUCGUCCCUGCCCCCGAUGGGAAGGGCUUCCGGAUGCUCCUGGCCAGCCCUAGUGCCUGCUUCAAGCUCUUCCAGGAAAAGCAGAAGUGGGGCCACGGUGGUGCCCUCCUGUUCAAAGGGGUUGUUGGGGAUAAGCCGGUCAACACCGUCUCCAUCCGCCAGGUCCUCUCCAAUGUAAACCUCAUCAGUUACAAUAAGUUCGUGCAGAGCUGCAUCGACUGGAACCGGGAGGUGCUGAAGCGGGAGCUGGGCUUGACUGAGCGGGACAUCAUCGACAUCCCCCAGCUCUUCAAGACUGAGAGGAGAAAGGCGGUGGCCUUCUUCCCUGAUUUGGUGAACAUGCUGGUGCUGGGGAAGCACCUGGGCAUCCCCAAGCCCUUCGGACCCAUCAUCAACGGCCACUGCUGCCUGGAGGAGAAGGUGCGGUCCCUGCUGGAGCCGCUGGGCCUCCACUGCACCUUCAUCGACGACUUCACCCCGUACCACAUGCUGCAUGGGGAGGUGCACUGUGGCACCAACGUGCGCCGGCAGCCGUUCUCCUUCAAGUGGUGGAACAUGGUGCCCUGAGCCGGUCCCCCUCAUCCUCUCCCCCUGGGAUGGGACAUGGGCCGACCCUGAACAAUAAGCAUCAAGAGACCCCAAAGUUCCAGAUAGCACAUCGAGGGUGACUGUCUCUCUCAGAAGCCUUUUCCCUAGAAGUGUUCAUAUCUCACUUGCAA